GGCGUAAGGGCGUGCUCUUACGGCCGCACGUCACGUUACGUCACGGGCCUGAGUCAGCUGAGCCACCUGGGCUGGGAUCGGGCUGGUAUCUGGGGUCUGCUAGGCGAAUAGGGCUGAGAGGGCUUCCUCUUCGCAGGUGCCCCUUUCCUGGGGAGCGCAGUGGUCGGCCCCCCUGGGACCGGGCCAGGGAGGGUCGUCGCUUUAGUCUUGGGGCCACGGGCGGGAGGGGGAGGCCUAGAAACCGGGUGCCAUGGCGUCCAUCCUGGAUGAGUACGAAGACUCGCUUUCGCGCUCUGCCGUCCUGCAGCCGGGCUGCCCCAGCGUCGGCAUCCCUCACUCGGGGUUUGUAAAUGCCCCACUGGAGAAGGAGGCACCCAUCUUUACCAAGCAGCGAAUUGACUUCACUCCUUCUGAGCGUAUCACCAGCCUUGUAGUUUCUUGCAAUCAACUCUGCAUGAGCUUGGGCAAAGAUAUCCUACUCCGCAUUGAUCUGGGAAAGGCAAAUGAACCGAACCAGGUAGAGUUGGGCCGCAAAGAUGAAGCCAAAGUUCAUAAGAUGUUUCUGGAUCACACUGGCUCACACCUCUUGAUUGCCUUGAGCAGUACUGAAGUUCUCUACAUAAACCGAAAUGGACAGAAGGUUCGACCACUGGCACGGUGGAAGGGGCAGCUUGUGGAGAGUGUGGGCUGGAACAAAGCCCUGGGCACAGAGAGCAGCACUGGACCCAUCCUAGUAGGUACAGCCCAGGGCCAGAUCUUUGAGGCAGAACUAUCAGCCAGUGAGGGUGGCCUUUUUGGUCCUGCACCUGACCUCUACUUCCGCCCGCUGCAUGUACUGAUGGAGGAGGGAGGCCCAGCACCUGUGUGCUCCAUAGAAGCAGAACGUGGCCCUGAUGGACGUUUUUUUGUCAUUGCCACUACUCGCCAGCGCCUCUUCCAGUUCACGGGCCGGAUGGCUGAGGGGGCUGAGGUCCAGGGCUUUUCAGGGCUCUUUGCCACGUAUACUGAUCACCCACCACCUUUUCGAGAAUUCCCCAGCAGUCUGGGGUAUAGUGAGUUGGCUUUCUAUACCCCCAAGCUGCGCUCUGCCCCCCGUGCUUUUGCCUGGAUGAUGGGAGAUGGUGUACUGUAUGGAGCACUGGACUGUGGGCGUCCCGAUUCUUUACUGAGUGAAGAACGAGUGUGGGAUUAUCCUCCUGGUGUGGGUCCUGGUGCCAGCCCACCACUGGCUAUUGUUUUGACCCAGUUUCAUUUCUUGCUACUCCUAGCAGACCGAGUAGAAGCAGUGUGUACAUUAACAGGGCAGGUGGUGUUACGAGAUCACUUCCUAGAAAAAUUCGGGCCACUACGACAUAUGGUGAAAGACUCCUCCACAGGCCACCUGUGGGCUCAUACUGAGCGGGCUGUGUUCCGUUAUCACGUUCAGCGUGAGUCCCGGGAUGUUUGGCGCACCUAUCUGGAUAUGAACCGUUUUGACCUAGCCAAAGAAUAUUGCCGUGAGCGACCUGAUUGCCUAGACACAGUUCUGGCCCGUGAGGCUGACUUCUGCUUCCGACAGCGCCGCUACGUGGAAAGUGCUAGAUGCUAUGCCCUAACCCAAAGUUAUUUUGAAGAGAUUGCCCUUAAGUUCCUAGAAGUUCGACAGGAGGAGGCCUUGGCAGAAUUCUUGCAGAGGAAAUUGGCAGGGCUUAAGCCAACCGAGCGUACUCAGGCCACACUGCUCACUGCCUGGCUGACAGAACUCUACUUGAGUCGGCUAGGAGCACUACAAGGUGAUGUAGAUGCUUUGCCUCUUUAUCGUGAAACUAGAGAACAAUUCCGCAACUUUCUCAGUAGCCCACGCAACAAAGAAUGGCUCUUUGCCAGCCGAGCCUCAAUCCAUGAGUUGCUGGCCAGCCAUGGAGAUACAGAACACAUGGUGUUUUUUGCUGUGAUUAUGCAGGACUAUGAGCGGGUAGUAGCAUAUCACUGCCAGCAUGAAGCCUAUGAGGAGGCCUUGGCUGUGCUCUCUAAGCACCAUGAUCCCCAGCUCUUUUAUAAAUUUUCACCCAUUCUCAUCCGUCAUAUUCCUCGACAGCUAGUGGAUGCUUGGAUUGAUCUGGGCAGCCGGCUGGAUGCCCGGCAGCUCAUCCCAGCCCUGGUGAACUACAGCCAAGGUGGGGAAGCCCAGCAAGUGAGCCAUGCCAUCCGCUACAUGGAAUUCUGUGUGAAUGUGCUAGGAGAGACUGAGCAAGCCAUUCACAACUACCUGCUCUCAUUGUAUGCACGAGGUCAGGCUGCCUCAUUGCUGGCCUACUUGGAGCAAGCAGGGACCAGUCCUCACCGGGUACACUAUGACCUCAAAUAUGCCCUGAGACUGUGUGCAGAGCACGGCCAUAACCGGGCUUGUGUUCAUGUCUACAAAGUGUUGGAACUCUAUGAAGAGGCUGUCGACUUGGCUCUCCAGGUGGAUGUGGACCUGGCCAAACAGUGUGCAGACCUGCCAGAGGAGGAUGAGGAGCUGCGUAAGAAACUGUGGCUCAAAAUCGCUCGGCAUGUGGUACAAGAAGAAGAAGAUGUGAAGACCGCCAUGGCCUGUCUGGCUAGUUGUCCUCUCCUCAAAAUAGAGGAUGUGCUGCCCUUCUUUCCUGACUUUGUCACUAUUGACCACUUCAAGGAAGCCAUCUGCAGCUCUCUGCAAGCCUACAACCGGCACAUUGAUGAGCUUCAACGGGAGAUGGAGGAGGCUACAGCUAGUGCCCAGAGGAUUCGGCGAGAUCUGCAGGAGCUUCGUGGGCGCUAUGGCACUGUGGAGCCUCAAGACAAGUGCUCAGCCUGCGACUUUCCCCUGCUCAAUCGUCCUUUUUAUGUCUUUCUUUGCAGUCACAUGUUCCAUGCUGACUGCCUCCUGCAGGCUGUUAGGCCUGGGCUCCCUGCCUAUAAGCAGGCCCGCCUGGAGGAGCUACAGAGAAAAUUAGGGGCUACUCCACCUCCUGCCAAAGGCCCACCCCGCACAAAAGAUGGAGAAGGAGGGACUCCAGGGGCACCGAGCCGGGAACAGCUGAAAGCUGACCUGGAUGAGCUGGUGGCAGCUGAAUGUGUCUACUGUGGUGAGCUGAUGAUCCGUUCCAUUGAUCGGCCUUUCAUCGAUCCCCAACGGUAUGAAGAAGAACAUCAAAGCUGGCUUUAGGGUCACCACUGCUCACCACAAGAUGGGGAAAACACACCAUCUGCUAAGUCCCUGUCCUUGUUGUAGACAUCUAGUGAUUCUCAUUUCCACUGAGGUGAAGGACAGGCAGGAUUAUAAAUGCCCCUGUGGGGCCUCUCUCACCUCAGCCCUUUGAGCUGGAUCCGUCAGCUUUUCUGCUGUCUCUUUGAGAUGGUGCCAUGUUCUGCCCCCCCAAAUCUAACCAGUGCUUCUAGGCUCAGGAGCAUUUGUUCUUUAGAAAUGUUGCCUUCAUUGCACUCUACAAGCCUCUGUUUCUUUUCCCGGCAGGAGGCAAAUCCCAUUCACCUGCUGGACUCUUGUCCUCAUAUGUAGGUUUGUAGGUUCAUAUCUGAGGUUCCAGAAUAUACAACCGAGUCUGUAAAGAAAUCUGGUGAGGAGCAAAGAGUCUGAAUGCUUUCCUGGAUCCUCCUGGGACCUCUGACUUAGAGCAAAAGCCAACUGGGGAGGGGGUGGUAAUCGGGUGGUGGGCAUUUGUGCCCCUCUGCCUAGAAGGUUAUUGUAAGGGUCUCUUCCCUAUUUGGAAAGGGUCAUGAGGAUACUGCUCCUCAGGUUUACAAGAUAUUAAACCGUCUCCUGCUGG